AUGGAUUCUUCGCUUAACGUCAUUGAGGUGUCACGAGUCACACCUUCAAACACUGACUCGCCCGAGUCAUUCACUCUCCCGCUCACUUUUUACGACCUUCAGUGGUACAAACUCCACCCGGGCCAACUAGUCAUCUUCUAUAAACUCACCGACGCAACUCGCCCUUUCUUCGACUCAGUCAUCGUCCCCAAACUCAAAACAUCUCUCUCCUCAACCCUCUCUCACUACCUCCCACUCGCCGGCCAACUCCUCUGGGACACGCUCGACCAAAAACCGAGCGUCGUCUACAUCCCUAACGACGCCGCUUCAUUCAUCGUCGCCGAGUCAAACGCGGAUUUCUCCCGUUUAACCGGGAAAACACCGUUACCCACCGCUGAGUUACACCGACUAGUGCCCGAGUUAACAAACGCCGAUGACUCGGCCACCGUCGUGUCGUUUCAAGUCACGCUUUUCCCUAACCAAGGGUUUUCCAUUGGCAAAACCAUACACCAUGCCGUUGUUGACGGAAAAACGACAAGCAUGUUUCUCAAAGCAUGGGCGCACACAUGCAAACAACUUCACGACCAAACCGCGAACGCUUCCUUACCGCAGGAUCUAAUCCCGUUUUACGAUCGAACGGUCAUAAAAGAUCCAAAGGAUAUCGAGAGGGAGAUUUUGAACCUGUUCUCCGGCGGCAAAGAACAAGAGAAUCUCAAGAGCUUAAAGCUUUUUCCGUCGCCGGAGAUUAGUCCCGACAUUUUCCGUUACACACUCGAACUCACUCGUGAAGACAUCCAAACGCUUCGAGAACGACUCAAGAGAGAAUCUCAAUCAAAGGAGCUUCGAUUGUCGACGUUUGUGGUUAUAUAUUCAUACGCGUUAACGUGUUUAAUCAGAGCUCGCGGCGGAGAUCCGGAUAGACCAGUCGGGUUCGGAUUCGCGGUGGAUUUUCGAAGCCUCGUUGAUCCGCCGGUUCCGUCUAACUACUUCGGGAACUGCAUUUCGGGUGCGCUUCAAACGCCGUUCACGGCGGAGACGUUUAUGGGUGAGGAAGGGUUUUUGGCUGCUGCGAGACACGUCAGCGAUUCGGUUGAGGCAUUGGAUGGAAGCGUGGUGCUGAAGAUUCCUGAGGUUUUGAAAGGGUUUAUGACUCUUCCACAAGGUUCACAGGUUCUCUCUGCUGCCUGGUCGACCCGGUUUGGGGUAUACGGAUUGGAUUUCGGGUGGGGCAGACCGGAGAGAGUGGUGUUUGUGUCGAUCGAUCAUGGCCAAGGGAUUUCAAUGGCGGAGAGUAGAGAUGGGAGUGGUGGUGUGGAGGUUGGCUUCUCGCUCAAGAAACAUGAAAUGGACGUUCUUGUUGAUUUGCUUCAUGAGGGACUUAAAAAAUAA